GCGCGGGACACCACCCGUCCCCUCGUGCCUUUUCCCGCUAGCCAACGCACGGCACCGCACCACAAGGCGCCCUCUGCUUCUCUCUCUGCAGCGCUAGCAAGCCCUCGUCUUCCCCAUUAUUCCCGGGAUUCCCCUGUGCUGCGACUGCGGCCCGCCCCACCCACCUACCGCCGCCGCUUCCUCGCUUCGAGCAAGCCGCGAGGCGCAGGGGCGGGGCCAGGCCAUGGGGAAGUACAUGCGCAAGGGCAAGGUGUCCGGGGAGGUGGCCGUCAUGGAGGUCCCCUGCGGCGCGCUGCUCGGAGUCCGCACGCGCUCCCGCACGCUCGCGCUGCAGCGGGCGCAGAGGCCGUUGGAGACGGGGGAGGUGGAGGAGACGGGGCAGUACCUCGAGCUCAGGAGCCGGAGGCUCGAGAAGCCGCACCCGCAGGCGCCGCACAAGGAGGCGGCGGCGCCCGCCUCUAGGAGGGGCGCCGGGAGGAAGGCGGCGGCGGCGCUGGUGACGGCGGACGAGGUUGAGGUCUCCUUCGGGGAGAACGUGCUCGACUUGGACGCCAUGGAAAGGAGUUCCAGAGAGACAACGCCUUGCAGUUUGAUUAGGAACUCAGAGACGAUAAGCACCCCAGGAUCCACAACUAAAAGUAAAACCAGCAACUCGAUGACUUCCCGUCACAGAAUGGAAGCCUCAAUUUAUCGUUUUAUACCGAGUUCUCUUGAGAUGGAAGAGUUCUUCGCAGCAGCUGAGCAACAGGAGCAGCAUACUUUCAGGGAGAAGUAUAACUUUUGUCCUGUGAACGAGUGCCCGCUUCCUGGACGGUAUGAAUGGGCGAGGCUUGACUGCUAGAUUUUCAUUGCUAGAGCUCCGUUGAUCUCAAUAUCUGAUGUCUACACCAAUGGCUAGCCCCGUGGCAGAGGCGCAAUGGGAUUGCAUUAGCUUUCUUCUCUGUUGUAAAAAAUUUAGAGUAGUUAGCCUGUAGCUCAAUGAUCUCGUGUAACGAACAGGCGCGACGCUGAGUUACACCUUGAUCCCCAACCUCACCGUAACCGUAACUGCUCAUGCUGUAACCGAACCACCUCAUGUAAUCAUCUGUUCGUAGUUCUUGAAUUAAUGAAUUAGAGUUAGUUUUGCAUGGCAA